UUUAAAUCAAAUGUAUGGCCUUCAACACAGGAAGUGCCUUCAACUGAUGCUUCAAUGUGCUAUCAGCAUAUACUGUAGUGUGGCUAGUGCAGUUAUUUUAGCUUCUUAUUAGCUGCUGGGACAGGUGAUGUGGAACUCACAGACUGAAUAAGUAACCCAAAAACCACAGCCAGCCAAUUGAAUGACUUUCAGGAAACGUAGGCCUCAGAGGUCCAAAGUUCCUGUGCCACUGUCGUUCUCCACUUCUGCUUCCCCAGAUUAGAUUAACCGCGUACGCGGCCAUGAGAUUCCAUCUUCCAGACACUAAAAGCUUCUCCAUCCAAGGUUAUUAGCUUAUGUGCCUUCCAGAGCCAUGCUGCGAUUCAGUCUCACCCUGUUGCUCCUCCUACUGGGAGUCCGCUGUGUCGCAGAGGAGCUCGGACAAACUAAAGGCUGCAUUUGCGGCCAUCCCGGAAUCCCUGGUGACCCGGGUCACAAUGGGGCAGCGGGGAGAGACGGCAGGGAUGGACUCCGAGGGGAAAAGGGGGAUACAGGUGUUAUUGGUCCAAUGGGAUUGGCAGGAAAGGAUGGUCUGAAGGGGCACGCGGGGGAACCAGGUGCACCCGGUCCAGCGGGGCUCAAGGGAAAGAGGGGGGACAAUGGAGAGCAGGGCCCACCAGGAAAAAUGGGGCCCCAAGGAGUCGAAGGGCCUCUCGGUUUGAAAGGAAGUAAAGGCGAGCUUGGGUUACUUGGACCCCUGGGACCUCAAGGUGAUGUGGGGGGGUCUGGACCGCAGGGUCCUAAGGGGGAAACCGGCCUCCGUGGGGACAGAGGCAUUCAGGGGCCCAUCGGCCCACCUGGCAGGCUGGGGCCUAAAGGGGACAUUGGCGUUCCCGGCCACAAAGGUGCCCUUGGCUAUCGGGGGGAGAGGGGGCCUCGAGGAGAGAAGGGUGAUCAGGGCGACAAGGGAGAUGCUUCUGUUGUCUCCAAAAGUGCUUUCUGUGUGGGACUCACCACGCAAAGCAAACUCCCGGCGGCUAAUGCGCCCAUCCGGUUUGACAAGAUUAUUUACAACCAGCAAAAUCAUUACGAUCCCCAAACCGGAAGGUUCACAUGCUCGCUGCCCGGUGCUUACUUCUUCACCUAUCACAUCACCGUCUUCUCCAGAAACGUCAAGGUGGCUCUGCUGAAGAACGGUGCCAAGGUGAUCCACACCACCGACAACUACCAGAGCAGCGAGGACCAGGCUGCAGGGGGCGCUGUGCUGCACCUGGAGGCUGGGGACAAGGUGUGGCUGCAAGUGGCUGGAGGGGAGCUCUUCAAUGGGCUCUUUGCCGACGAAGAUGAUGACACCACCUUUUCUGGGUUCCUAAUAUUUGGGGACUAAGGGUCUCUAGUGAGCCAGAGCCUAUUCCAGCUGACUUUGAGCGAGAGGUGGGGUACGCCGUAGGCUGGUCAUCAGUCAAUCAAUCACAUGACAGAUAUACACAAUGUGCAAACUCCACGCACAGAUGUUCCAACUGGAUCUCCUGACUGUGAAGCAGACGUGCUAACCACUAGGCUGAUUUUAGGCAUUGAAAUAAUAAACAACAGCAAUAAAUGAAAGUAAACUACAGGAAGUGGACA